UUCCGAUUAUUGUUGUGUACACAAACAUACAGUUUUAUUUGCUUUAAAGUUUCUGUCGUUUUACUUUCGAGUUUGAAUAGCGUGCAGAAUCGUCAAAGACAGACGACGUUGGGCUCAAUUUGGAUUGAGAAUUACUUAAGAGCUCGCAUCAUUUGGAAACCUUAUCAAAUGGCAUUCGUUGGUCGCAUGAACAGUCGAGGCAACUUGGUCAUGGAUAGCGACACCCAGACGGACACAAGGCACACAAAAUGCUCGCGUACCUACAUCAAGUCGUAUGACUCGGAGCCGCGUGGCUUGGUCUCCAGACCGAGCCUGAGCACGGCGCGGUAUGUGGGCCACUCCGCUUCGUCCUACGAGCUCAACUCGGCGGACGACACGGAGAUGUCCACACUGCGCUACAGCUCCCCCAGAUCCUUCGAAACGGAGACUGUAACGCUGACGCCAAAGAGCAGAAUUGGUGAUAGCUCCCUGUCUGGAGAUAGCGGAGGCGAUGCUGGAACAGAUGAACAGGCGUUUCUAAUGCAAGACAAUGCAGAGAACCAGCCGCAGGAAAGAGGCUCCACAACGUCCAUGUGCAGCUGGGAGGAGGAGGAGAUAGUUUCCUCCUAUGUGUCCGGGGAUCAGCUCACUUACAGCUGUUCUAUACCCUUGCUCGAUCUGAGCUCGAACACUGGCUCACUGCAGUACGACCCGCAAAUGCAAUUGGACCAAUUGAAGAUUGUGCGUCGGUCGGACGAGGCCUACAAUAAUUGGCUCUCUGGCAAGAAGCGGCUGGGCCUUUACAAGCGACAGGCAAUGCAGGAAGAGCGCGAGCUCAAAAGGCAACAGGACGAACUGCGUAAACAGCUAAACGAGAAGCGUGUCCAGGAAUGGUGCCAGCGCAAGGCAAGCCAGUAUGCCAACAAGCGUAAGUCGAAUCCAGCCACAAGCCAGGUCCAGGUAGCACAGGUGGCGCAUGUGGCGCAGGUGGCGCAACGGCGCCUACAAAACUGGGAGCUGCAGAAAGUUGAGCAGGCGGAGCGGCAGCGCCAGCGGCAGCAACGCGAGGCGCUGCGUAAGCAACGGGAACUGCAACAGCGCAAGCAACAGGCUGCCGCAGCGUGGCAGCAAUGGAUCAAGGGCGCGGCGCACCGCCCCAAGCCAGUGCCACUCAAUCAGGGCCUGAACACACUACGCGGCACUGUCUCCAACAUCUAUGUUAAUCCCAACUCUUGGGUACACGUUAACGAAAAAAACUAGCAACCAAAUAAACAGUACGCAAUUAUUUAAACAU